AGCAGUAAUGACCUAUUUUCAGGGAUGAAAAGAACUUUAGGUCUCUACAUGUUUUCAAAGUCCCAUGUGGCAGAUACCAAUACUAUUUCAGCGCUGGAGCUGAUUUUACACACUUCCCUGCACAGAUUUGAGAAUUUAAAGAGAAAGAGGCAGGACAAAGACAUAGCUUUAGGGAUUGUGAAGCACAUGAUCAGAGUCAACCCGUGAUUAACAGUGCUAAAGAAUGAACCUGAAGACCAAGCGUGGAUCUGCUAGAAAUUUGUUCUUUUCUGCUCCUGACUUCUAGGCUGCUGACAUUUUUUUCCCAAGCUGAUCCAUGGCUUCCCCACGGCUGGAAACGUUUUGCUGUGCAAACAGGGACACAGCCACUCAGCUUGUGCUCGAUUUCCAGCCUAAGAUUUUUAGCUCUGUGUGUAUAGGAAGUGGGUCGGUCAGUUUGCUUUUAACUCUUUUACAGCUUCUUCCUAAAAAUAAACAAGGCUUCAGGAAACUGGGGAGAUCCACAUUGCCAAAGCCAUCAUCAUCAAAGAUUCUUCUGCUAGUCAUUGUGUGUGAUCUGCUGGGAUGCUUAGGAAUUAUAAUAAGAUCAACGGUGUGGUUAGCAUCUCCAAAAUUCAUUGGGAAUAUGUCACUAAUUAACUCAACAAGCGUCUGGCCUAUUACGUUCUGUGUUGGAAGUGCGAUGUGGAUACAGCUCUUUUACAGUGCAAGCUUCUGGUGGCUAUUUUGCUAUGCUGUUGAUGCUUACCUAGUUGUUCGAAGAUCAGCAGGAAUAAGCACAAUUGUUCUGUACCACAUGAUGACCUGGGGCUUGGCUGUCCUGCUUUGUGUUGAAGGGGUUGCUAUGCUUUAUUACCCUUCAGUAUCCAACUGUGAAGAAGGUCUUGAGCAUGCGAUCCCUCAUUACGUCACAACCUACGCACCUCUUUUCCUUGUAAUGAUUGCCAAUCCAGUCCUGUUUAGAAGAACAGUAUCAGCAGUUGCAUCGUUAUUGAAAGGAAGACAAGGAAUCUACACAGAAAAUGAAAGACGUCUAGGGACUGAAAUUCAGAUCCGUUUUUUCAAGAUCAUGUUGGUGUUUGUGAUUUGUUGGAUAUCUAAUAUUAUUAAUGAGAGCCUGUUGUUCUAUCUGGAGAUGCAGCCAGACAUGAACGGAGAUCUGUUGAAAAAUGUGAGGAAUGUGGCAUUCAUCACAUGGUUCAUAAUGGGCAUACUGAAUCCAAUGCAAGGCUUCCUUUUCUCAUUGGCAUUUUAUGGAUGGACAGGUUGUGAUAUUGAACUAAGUUUUCGACAAAAAGAAACAGGUUGGGAGCGUUUGUCUACUUCUGCUGCUAAUGAGCCUGUACAAACUGUUCCCAAUGGUUCUUUCCUGGACUACCCUGGCUACAUCCAGAACCAGAGUAAGACUGACUUUGGGAAUAGCCAGCAAACAGAUGACGCAUUGAGCAUUAUUUCUGAAGAUUCUGAAACAAGCACAAUUGAAAUCCACAUAUCCAAUGAACUGCCAAAUGCAGGUGAUAUUGAAGCUGAUUGUGAAUCAUUGGAAAACGGUGAAAUCCAAAAGCUGGUGAAAUAAGUCUCAUGCAUGAAAAUACAGACCUGCUUGAGCUGCACAAAAUGUUAUCAUUGUCUUACAUUAAAUGUAUAAGAAGGUAGAUCUCAUCCAGUCUGCCUAUUCUAUUUGUUUUAAACUGGGAUUGCUAAAAGGACGUUAAGGUAAAUCUUGAAAAUAACAUUUAUAGGAAAAUGUACGUCUGCAAAUGCAGAAUUACAAAAAGAUAAUAAAACAAAAUAAAACUUUACACAGCCCCCCAGCCAGAUGCAUGUAAGUAUCUCCCAUUAUACGAGGUAGGUGCAUGCGCACUAAUUUGACCAGUACUAACUGUAAAAGGUUAUGUAUGACCUUUUAUGUGACAUAAUCAGCACUCUGCACAUUCUCCAGCACAUACUCUGAGCUUACUCUCAUGUUGUGAGUGACUUGCCUGCAAAAAGUCAAAUCUAGAAAGGGGGUUGAUUGCAAUUUAUAAUUACAUAAGACCUAUAAAAUUAAUUUUAACAGAAUUCUUUAUUUUGACCAUAAAGCCACCUUAAUAAUUUUAGCUUUUUCUCUAUUAGUUCUAUGUUAAAAAACAAAACAAAACAUUAAAAGGGACAUAAAACUCAAAAUUGAUCUUCCAUGAUUGAGAUAGAGCAUACAAUUUUAAACAACUUUCCAGUUUACUUUUAUUAUUUUCUUGGUACCUUUGAUGAAGGUGCAGCAAUGCACUACUAAGAGUUAUAUGAACACAUUAGUUGAGCCAAUGACAAGAGGCAUAUAUGUGCAGCCACUAAUUGGCUUCUAGUUCCCAGUAGUGCAUUGCUGCUCCUGAGCCUACCUAAGUAUUAUUUUCAACAAAGGAUACAGAUAGAACAAAGCAAAUCAGAUGACAAGUAAAUUGGUAAGAUGGUUAAAAUAGCAUGCUCUAUCUGAAUUAUGAAAGUUUAAUUUUGAUUUUACUGUCCCUUUAAUUAUUUGUAUAAACAAUAUCAGACAUAAUUAGAACGAUAAGAAAAUCAAGAAGAAAUAAUCAGAAUAAU